GGCGGUAGGAGGAGGACGGAGAAGGACGGAGCCUAGCUGUUGCUGCCUCCCUCGCUCACUCCCUCGCGCACUCGCCCGCCCCCUCCCUCCCUCCCCUCCCUUCCCCGGCCCCGGCUCCGGCCCCGGCCCUGGCCCAUUCGCUGUUCGGUCUUCCGCAGGGAGGAUGUCGGGCUCGUCGCUUCCCAGCGCCCUGGCCCUCUCGCUGUUGCUGGUCUCUGGCUCCCUCCUCCCAGGGCCAGGCGCCGCUCAGAACGCUGGGUUUGUCAAGUCGCCCAUGUCAGAAACUAAGCUCACUGGGGACGCCUUUGAGCUGUACUGUGACGUGGUCGGGAGCCCCACGCCAGAGAUCCAGUGGUGGUACGCAGAAGUCAACCGGGCAGAGUCUUUCAGACAGCUGUGGGACGGUGCUCGGAAGCGCCGUGUCACCGUAAACACCGCCUACGGGUCAAACGGCGUGAGUGUGCUGAGAAUAACCCGGCUCACCUUGGAGGACUCUGGGACUUACGAGUGCAGGGCCAGCAACGACCCCAAGAGGAAUGACUUGAGGCAAAACCCCUCCAUAACAUGGAUUCGAGCCCAGGCCACCAUAAGCGUCCUUCAGAAGCCAAGGAUUGUCACCAGUGAAGAGGUCAUUCUUCGAGACAGCCCUGUUCUCCCCGUCACCCUGCAGUGUAACCUCACCUCCAGCUCUCACACCCUUACAUACAGCUACUGGACAAAGAAUGGGGUCGAACUGACUGCCACUCGCAAGAAUGCCAGCAACAUGGAAUACAGGAUCAAUAAGCCGAGAGCUGAGGAUUCAGGCGAAUACCACUGUGUAUAUCACUUUGUCAGUGCUCCUAAAGCAAAUGCCACCAUUGAAGUGAAAGCUGCUCCUGACAUCACUGGCCAUAAACGGAGUGAGAAUAAGAAUGAAGGGCAAGAUGCCAUGAUGUAUUGCAAGUCGGUUGGCUACCCGCACCCAGAGUGGAUAUGGCGCAAGAAGGAGAAUGGUAUGCCUGUGGACAUUGUCAAUACCUCCGGCCGCUUCUUCAUCAUCAACAAGGAAAAUUACACCGAGCUGAGCAUCGUUAAUCUCCAGAUCACAGAAGACCCUGGCGAGUAUGAAUGUAAUGCUACCAACUCCAUUGGCUCCGCCUCCGUUGUCACCAUCCUCAGGGUACGGAGCCACCUGGCCCCACUCUGGCCUUUUUUGGGAAUUCUGGCUGAAAUCAUCAUCCUUGUGGUGAUCAUUGUUGUGUAUGAGAAGAGGAAGAGGCCAGACGAAGUUCCUGACGACCUGGGACGCUGGGAUUAUUGCAGUGCUCGCCUUCUCUCCGCUGCCUUCCUGACAGCCGGCGCGGCCCAGGCUCCAUUCUCCAUCUCCACAUCCCUGCCUUGCUCCAGCAUUUCUGCCCCAGUUUUCUCCUUUGUCUGCUUCCUCCUUUCAAACCCCUCCCUGCUCCUGUGCCCCUUUAUUUCUUGUCCUCCUGGAAUUAUUAUUAAAGAAAAAAAAAGUUGAUUGUUCCUCAGUGAGUUUUCCUUAUGCUGUGGCUUUUUUUUCCAGCUAGUUUCCCCUCAACUCCUGUGCAGUCCAUGUAAGAGCAGCCCCUCAUAUGCUUUCUUCCCACACAGCCCUCCCCAAGGCUACAUGCAGAUAGAAGCAUGCACUCCUUUGUGGAAUGAGGAAGAGGUACCUCAUAUCUGAUACAAAUUGGAGUUUUAGAGAUGAUGAAUUUUUAUCAGAUAACCAUCUGUGGCGCUGUUGACUUAUUUAUGCCAUUGUGAAAGUGGAUUUUUUUUAAAUACGCCUGACACGCUUUCUCUGCCAAAAUAGGUACUUUACUAUCAGAGUAAACUUAUGAUUUCUGAGUCACCGAACGUUUUCUUGUAUGAAACAAUUUCAUGUAAAACUCACAGUGUUCCUAUCGGGCAGUCUGUGAGCUCUUGGAAACUCAGCCCCUUACCAGAAAAGCACUAGGUGAACAGUUUAAACAAUUUAAAACUAUACACAUGCACAAAUUCGAACUUAGAGAGUUUAUACUGAGUACAUUCCACCAGAAAAGCAAUACUGCUUUAGAUUUCUCACAUAGAAAAUGCUUCGAGUUAAGGUUUAGUGGCUUUCAGUAGAAAAAACAAAAGAGCUGUUUCUUAGUCUACUAGAGUCUACUCAGGACAUUUUACUUUACUUACUUAUUUUUAAAUAUUUUAUUUAUUUAUUUGUCAGCACAAGCAGGGGGAGCAGUAGGCAGAGGGAGAAGCAGACUCCCCGCUGAGCAGGGAGCCCCGCAUGGGACUCGAUCCCAGGACCCCAGCAUCAUGACCUGAGCUGAAGGCAGACGCUUCACUGACUGAGCCACCCAGGCACCCCUACUCGGGACAUUUUAUAAGCAAAACUCACAAUUAAGUCCCUUUACGCCCCUGUUGUGGUCUCUUUGAGGAUCCGUGCCCAGUAGGUUGUCUUAUAGUUAGAUUUCAUCUGCAUAUCGCCUUUUAUCUUCAGUGUUUUCAGUAACAGAUGAAUCAUGGAGUCAAAGGCUUCUUUUUUUCACUUUACUCACCUCUUGGCUACCUUCUCUGAAAAUGUUAAAUGAUGAUAUUCUAAACAGACUAGGUCGAGCCAGCAUCCCCCUAGCCUUCCGUCCAUCCUGCAGCUCACGUGCACGGAGCACACCUUCUGUGCGGCUUCUCUGCUGACCGAGCCCAGAGAGGGAUUAGUGUGUGUGCGCCAAGUCUGUCCUCCCCCGUCAUCUGGGCAGGUGCGGCGUGAGCCUGCCUCGGUGUCGGGGCCUUCAGUUCUGCGGGACAUGUCAUGACCUCAGAUGAAAACCAGAGGAGCCGAUUUAAGAAAAGAAAUGGCAUCAAAAAGAGUUUUCUGUUUUCACAUUUAUAAUUUUUAUAAGCAGUUCAGAGGGACGACUCCUCAAGUUACUGGUGGAGAAGACAGUUGGGGGUUUUGGGGGAGACCAUUUUUAGUGGCUCUGAUACAUCAAACUCUUUUAGACACUCUACAAACAAGAGCUAUUCUAAUGUUUGAAAAAUCUGUCAGUUGGGAGCAUAUGAAGCUUUUCAGCUGGCCAGGAAUGCUGGAAAAGAAAUGUGACUUUUAAAAUGACAGGCAAAAUACACAUCGUUGUCUCCAAACUAGGGGUCAUCUGAGUCAGUAACAAGUUACCUUAUGGAGAAAAUACAGUAGGACCAAAUAUGAAAGGUGACUGGAUGUAACCGUUAAUCUCUCUCUGGUUUAAUGCUACUCUGCUGAGAUGAGGCAAAAUUUAAGCACGUUUAGAAACUAGAAAACCCCGUCCUCGGUGAGAUGAAGGCAGUGAAAAAGGAGCUUUGACCAGGCAGUCAACUCCUGGUCACUGUAACUGAAAAGCCGUCUUUCUGGAGACGCUGCCCUAUCAGGUAACGCAUUACUUACUGGGCACCGCAGAGCGCCCUCCCAGUGACGAGGCGGUGGGGGCCAGUGGAGUCAGGGCCAUAGCAUGUCUGGUUGGGAAGAUGACAGUUCCACCAGGAACUUCUCUCCUAAGGUGGAUUCCAGAAACAUCUUGUUUCCCUUCUCCCUAGUCCUCUUCCUCCCAUCUAGCCAGUGGCUGUGAGUAAUACCCAGGCGAAGAGGAGAGCCAUUGUUAAGCUGCUAUCUUUUGGCCUGAGGGUUUGGGGGUAUGUUGAUAUUUGUCGGUUACUAUGACUUCUUUUUUUUCCCCCCUCAAUUGCAUCAAACCCUUAAAACAUGGUGGUAAGUGAGCGAUAUGCAUGCUUUUGGAGUUUGUUUAAUCUCCGCUUCAGUCUAUACGAUGCACAGUUCAUAAUGUUAACACUUUUCUUCAAGUUUACUUCAUUCACUUUCACAACUAAUUUGGAUUUCAGUUUGCUGUUUAAUCCUCAUUUACUUUUUGAUUUUCGUUCUGUAGUUCUGUUCUUUCCCUCUCUCCUGAUUUCCCUGUUAGGGUCAGGUUGUUUUUUUUGUUUUUGUGGGGUUUUUUUUGUCUGACCUGUAAAGGGAGAGGGGUGCUGCAGAUAGUGACUCAGUCCAGGACAGUAGGAGACACAAGGCUCUUGUCUUGGUCCCUUGUAAAUGUGCACGUGGAUCUGGGGAGAGAGAUGGAGUGCAAUCUAGACACUAGCGUGAACAGCACCCGCUCCCACUUGCAGGCACGGCCGCUGCACCGGGGCCGCUGCUGCUGAAACCCCUACACGCAGCCCUUUGCACGUGACGUCACUGGGCAGACAGCAGGGCCUACCCCUCCGCCACCAAAAGAAAGAAAAGCUUGCGUGUCAAGUGCUUGGGUCGGUGCGGACAAUGUCAUGCUGUGAGGAUAUUAGCUUGGCUAUCGCGAUUCCCCCUCCCCUGCUUUUUCUUUUCAUGUUGGGAGUAGAUUGGUGAUAUUCUUGUCAGUUAUCUUGCUUUAGAAUUUUCUGUUUUCCGGUGCACAGCCAGAGCACUGAAACUAUUCUAAGUUUGCUCCUGGGUCUUUUCCUUUAAGUCCCUGAAGUGGUUAGUUCCUAGCAUGUAGCUGAGCUGGCUUGGCCUGGAUGCUGAGAGCCGAGGGUGUUGUGGUGAGAGUAGAGGCAGGCCGGGCUUGUGUGUCUCAGUCUUGAUUUGUCUUGUGUAUCCACUGCAUACAGAGCACACAGAUGUCUUGGGUGUCCUUGAGUCUUAGUUUGUUCUCUGUACCUGUUCGGUAGUGUACUCUUGUUGGUAGCAGAAUCCUGUGGACACUGAUGUGUCGCUAGCCUGUCGUUUUGGCUGACAAGUCAUUGGUUUGUGGUUAGUUUGUUUUUGUUUUUGUUUUUUUCCAAUCUUUUUUUG